CAAUUGUGCACAGUAGUGACAGGGUAGUACCCGCAAUUUGCGUUUAAACAGAGGAGCGAAGCAGGAACAGACAGCGUAAUAGCAGAAGCACAAGAGUGGCAGAAAUAAUAACAUGAAGAACAAGACAAAAACAAAGGAAAGCCAAAACAAUUUUAACGGCUGUAGUGAAUCGCAGGAGCAAUAAGCGGGAAUAAGGCAGCGUUUGUUUCAAUACAACCCCGACAAACUUACCUUACCUGCACAUAUAUCAUCUACAGAUCACAAAACCAAACUAAAGCUGUGGACUUUUUCAGACCCCUUUCACACUCUUAUCCUAUUUCUCUGUCACCACCACAUGGUCCCUCUCCUUUUUCCAAUAUCUCUUUCCACAUCACAACACAAACUUCCAUCAAUAAUAUCUUCCAUCAUUUAUCUCUCUUUUUUCUUCCUUCUAUGAAUUUCUCUGUUUUCUUUAAUCUUACAGAUAGUCCAUUCUCAUGGCGUGAAAUUGGGGAUUCAUGGUAGGUGCCUAACCCUCACACUCUGAGUUUUGUGUAUAAAGGAAUAUCACAAGAGAUGGCCAAAGGAUAGAAUUUAAAAGAACUUUUUUUUUUUCUAUAUUUCUACCUUUGACCACUGUUCCCUUAAUGUUAAAACCUAGGUAGAUAGGAGUGGAAAGUGAAUUCUAAGCAAAGCUCUCUCUCAUAACUACUUUCUGUUUUCUUUGCAAGUUACUUCUUAAGGUUGAACACCUGGCUCUCACAUUCUUCUUUUUUAAUUCUGGGUUUUGCUUGAAGAGCAACUUGCCACCUUUCCCUGCUUCCACUUAUUCUUUCCACUCAUAGCCUCGGAUCCAGUUCUGUUCAGGCUAAAGGGUUUGUUGGGGGCAAUGUUGCUCAUGUUGUUGUCUGAAGACAUAAGAAGGUGUUGAUUUGCCUCAAUUGUGGAUGGACCGGAGGAGUUGGUUAUGGCGCAGGAAGUCAUCUGAGAAAAGUCCAGGUGAAACUGAGAGUUCUGGCUCAAUGUCAUCUCAUUCAGAAAGAUUCUACGAUGAUCAGGUAUACACCACACAUACUACUCCACCUCCCGAAGAAGUGACUGAUGUGAAGACUCUAACUGAAAAGUUAUCUGCUGCUCUCUUAAGCUCUAGUGCCCAAGAAGAUUUGGUAAAGCAGCAUGCUAAGGUUGCUGAAGAAGCUGUCUCAGGCUGGGAGAAGGCUGAAAAUGAAGUAUUGAUUUUAAAACAACAACUUGAUGCUGCAAAACAUAAAAACUCAGUUCUUGAGGACCAAAUUAGUUAUCUUAAUGGGGCACUCAAGGAGUGUAUGAGGGAGCUUCGACAAGCUAAAGACGAACAAGAGCAAAAGAUUCAUGAAUCUGUAUCAAAUAACUCUUGUGGCUUGGAAUCUGAAAGACCUGAUCAUGAGUGGGAAGCUGUGGAUCCUGCUGCUGCAUUAGUUCACUCUGAUCUUCACCAUAGGCUUGAAGAUAUGGAGAAAGAGAAUUCAAGUCUUAAAAUAGAGCUACAAUCUCGACUCGAGGAACUAGAGUUCAGGACCAUAGAAAGAGAUUUGAGUACUCAGGCUGCUGAAACGGCAAGCAAGCAACAUUUGGAAAGUAUAAAGAAGGUGGCAAAGCUAGAAGCUGAGUUUCGGAGACUGAAAACUGUGACACGCAAACCAUUCUCUGCUAAUGAUCACAGGUCUUUAGCUGCUUCUUCAGUUUAUGUAGAGUCAUUUACUGAUAGCAUGUCAGAUAUUGAAGAGAGGCAACUAGUACUUGAAAGUGACAUGCCAAAAUUAGGAGGUUGGGAUAUGAAUGAACUUGAUCAAUUUAAGAAUGAAAACAGUGCCGGAAAAAAUCGUAAGGUCUUUUCAACUGACAUCAAUCUUAUGGAUGAUUUCCUUGAAAUGGAGAGGCUUGCUGCAUUGCCAGAUACUGAAAGUGUAAGUAGCUUUCCCGUGGUAAAUGCUGCAUCUGACCAAGUCAGUGUUGUAAAUAAACUAGAAAAUGCUGAUAUGGAAGGUAUGGUUCAAAAGAACGCUGCAUUGGAAAAGAAACUAGAGAAAAUGGAGGCAGAGAAACUUGAGCUAGAGAUGGAUCUAAACGAGUACCAAAAGCAGCUUGAAGCAUCAUUGAGCAGAAUAAAGGAAGUGGAGUUAGAGGUAGUAGAGCUUCAAACUAAGUUAGCUCUUGCAAACAAAUCAAAUGAAGAAGCAUAUGAAAAACUAAAAGCAACUCAGGAAAAGAAAGAGAUAGCUGAGUCAAAACUCACAGCUGCACACACUGAAGCAGAAGAAUUGGUCUCAAAAAUCUGUUCAUUAGAAGAAGAGAUUGAGAAAGAGAGAGCUCUGUCAGCAAAGAAUUUGGCCAAAUGUGAGAAGUUGGAGGAUGAGCUCUUGAGAAUGAAGCAUGAAGCUGAACUCCAGAAAAACACUGAGAUUCUGUCCGGAGAAGGUGACAAUAGUGAGCAAAAGCAGGAGAAGGAACUAGCAUUGGCUGCUACUAAAUUUGCUGAAUGUCGAAAAACCAUUGAAUCUCUUGGACUGCAGUUGAAGUCCCUUGCAACAUUGGAAGACUUUCUACUUGAUUCAGAGAGCUCUACGGAUUGUGAAGUUACACCAUGUCCUCAAAAUGGUGAUGAGCAGUUGAAGAACUUUCAUAGUAAUUUGAGUUUGACCAAAAGAGAUUCUGAACCAUCAGUUUCACUAAACCAAUCAUCUAUAACCCAUGAAAAAACCCGUAAUGGUUUUGGUAGGUUCAACCCAAGAAGCAAAAGUGUAAGCAAAACAAGAGGUCACUGAAAAAUAAGGUGAAGAAAAAAAUGAAUCUGUAAAUGUGGUCAUACUUAUUCAACGUGUAUAAAUUCAAACUUACUUGUUUACAUAUAAA